UUGCAAAAGAUCUACCUGUAGAUUCAUUGGAAAGAGAAGAUUUUGAGAAGGAAUUCUCAUUUCUGAACAACCUCAUAAGUCCUGGUUCUUCAAGUACAAGUACAAGAGAAUUUACCCAAGAAUGCCAGACUGACUUUGGGAGGCCCAGGGCCAGUCUCACGUCCCAGGGGCCUUCUGUGGGGUCCGAGCCUCUUGCUCAUUCCUCUCGAUUCCUUCCUUCAAGACUCUUUGACAUCGGCCUUCAUGCUGCUGGAGCUUUUAACACUUCCAACAAUGGUAACCAAGACAUGUCAGCCUGGUUCAAUCUAUUUGCAGACUUGGAUCCACUUUCAAACCCAGAUGCUAUUGGACACUCGGAUGAUGAACUUCUUAAUGCUUGA